UCAAAUUGACAACGUAGAAAAUAGAAAUCAAAAUUACAUAUCAUUUGCCGGUGAAGAGUUUGGUUCUUGAAUUGUUCGUUCUGAUAAUAAAAUUAUACAACUCCUAAAGUGUGUCUCAUAGCUCAUCCAUAAUUAGUAUGAGCACAUGUGAGUCAAGAUUUAUGUUGUAGAGAACUAUUUUCGUAAAUAGUAGCGGUUUGAUAAAUUGUAUUCCUCAACAGUAGAACAAACAAGUAGAAUUCUCUAGAAAAUCGUGUAUGGGGUCUAAGCGACUAACUAACUUAUUGUACUCUUAUAGAUUAAGUGUUACUAACCCAAGAAAAAUGAGUAUUGAUAUUGGAGGCAUGAGAAUAAAAUACAAAGACAAAGAUGAUACCUUUUUGGAGAAGAACUUGGUAUCAAAGGAACCUUUUGGGCAAUUCAAGGCAUGGUUUGAAGAAGCCUGUGCAAGAAAGGAGAUUCUUGAACCAAAUGCUAUGUGCCUAGCAACAGUCUCCAAGGAGGGGUUCCCUUCGGCGAGAUUUGUUUUAUGUAAAGGAUAUGGAAAGGAUGGUUACAAAUUCUUUACAAACUAUGAAAGCAGGAAGGCUCGAGAAAUGGAUGGUAACCCAAAUGUUGCAGCAACUUUUUACUGGGAAGUACUGAAUAGAUCAGUAAGGAUUGAAGGGCAUGUGGAAAAAUUAUCUGAAGAUGAGUCUACUAAAUAUUUCCAUUCACGUCCUGUUCCUAGCCAGAUAGCUGCAUGUACUAGUUAUCAAAGCACUCCCAUUCCAUCCAGAGAUGUUCUGUGUGAGAGGGAAUCAGUACUUGAACAGCAAUACAUGAUUCCUGAAAUAGAAGUUCCAAAACCAAAAUUUUGGGGUGGAUACAUAAUUCGUCCUAGAGCUGUGGAGUUCUGGCAAGGACAGAGGGACAGACUUCAUGAUAGAAUUAAAUUCAGGAAGCCUAAAGAUGGAGAGGUUCCUGAUGGCAAAUUGUUACAUGAAGGGGAAGAUGGGUGGGUGUAUGAGAGACUGUCUCCAUGAAAAUAUAUAAUUUAAUGAGUUAUCAUUGUCUUCCACUAUGAUUAAGUCACACAAUUUUAUUGCAAUGUUAGUACAAUCAUUAUUUAUUAAAGGGCUAUUCUGGUUUAUUGA